UCAGUGUCGAGGAGAAGGGAAGAAAGAGAGAGAGAGAGAGAGAGAGAGGGGUGCCUGAUCGAGAGAAUGAGAGAGCAACUGUGUGACAGAGGCAAAGAGAACCAAGCAGGCUGCUUAGAAAAGUGAGAGAGCAGAAAGCAGGAAAUAAGGAACCAGAGCAGGAAGAGGGUGGAUCGCAAACGGACUCUUUCUCUUCUAGCCACAAGGGGCACAGUCACUUUUAUCCACUUGACUUCUAGAUGAUACCCAGUGGACUGGAUGGACUAACCAAUUGAUGGAUUUGGAAUAGUCGUUUGCGCUGCAUCCUUAGGAAACUGGAGCAAUUCCUUUGUGCAAAGUGAGAGGACUGUCUGCGUCUGCGCUCGCAUCUCGGUGUGGUCUGCUGUGGGCACAAAGUGCAUCUGUCGGCAAUCGGUGCUGAGGAUAUCUCCCGCCGCCGUCGGAUCCGACUACAGAGAGGAGAGGGAGCCUGUGUGUACGGCACAGUGAGAGAGCAGAGCAGAGCAGAGCAGAGCAGACCAGAGCGUUCGGAUCGGAUGAGAGGGAGCAAGCCGAGGCAAAAGUAAUCCAGCUCCAAUAGAGACGGGAACCCGUAUCUCCUCUCCCUGUGUUCCUCUGCCAUUCCUCUCCUCCUCCUCCUCCUCCUCCUGUUCCUCUCCCGUUCUCCAAACAUUCACAGGACCGCUUGGUUCUCUUUGGCAACUUCUCUUCCCUCUCCAUCCCCAUCCGAACCCCACGGCGGACGCUACUCUCGGGUCGAGAACUUGAGGGAAUAUCUCCUUUCGUGCUGAGGGACAGAAGCUCCGGACCGCAUUUGCCAUCAGAGGCAUCUCACACAUACACGGCUUUGGAUCCAGAAGUGUGGCCAAGGAAGAAAGAAAGGAUUCCUACAAGCUAUCAGUGUUUGCUACUGAGCGGCUCCCUCCCUCCCUCUCUCCCUGCCUGCCUGCCUCCCUCCCUCGCUCCCUUUCCCUGUGUCACCAUUCCCUGCCUCAGUGCUAAGGAUUCCAGCUACAUGGGCAAGCGAUUGGAGCAGCAGCCAAUGUACCCUCAGUACACCUACUACUACCCCAAUUAUCUCCAGACUAAGCAGCCCUAUGCUCCACCCCCUCAUCCCAUGGCUCCUCCCAGCCCCAGCACCAACAGCUGCAGCCAGGGAGCGACAGAGCAGCUGAGUAAGACCAACCUGUACAUCCGAGGCCUGCCACCUGGGACCACCGACCAGGACCUCAUCAAGCUCUGUCAACCGUAUGGAAAGAUAGUGUCAACAAAGGCCAUUCUGGAUAAGAACACCAACCAGUGCAAAGGCUAUGGCUUUGUUGAUUUUGACAGCCCAGCUGCAGCACAGAAAGCCGUGUCGUCUCUCAAAGCCACCGGAGUGCAGGCGCAAAUGGCCAAGCAACAAGAGCAGGACCCGACCAACCUGUACAUCUCCAAUCUGCCCAUCUCCAUGGACGAGCAGGAGCUGGAGAACAUGUUGAAACCUCUGGGUCACGUCAUCUCCACCAGGAUAUUGAGGGAUGCCAACGGAGUCAGCAGGGGAGUCGGCUUUGCCAGGAUGGAGUCCACAGAGAAAUGUGAAGUAGUGAUCCAGCACUUCAAUGGAAAAUACCUGAAGACCCCACCAGGAAUUCCAACUCCCACCGAGCCGUUGCUGUGUAAAUUUGCCGACGGAGGCCAAAAGAAGCGGCAGAGUCAGAGCAAGUACCCUCAGAAUGGGAGGCCAUGGCACAGAGAAGGCGAGACUGGCAUGGCGUUAACAUAUGAUCCUGCUGCAAUGCAGAAUGGGUUCUACUCCUCGCCUUACAGCAUCGCCACCAACCGCAUGAUCGCACAGACCUCCAUCACGCCCUUCAUCGCUGCUUCGCCCGUUUCCACAUAUCAGGUCCAGAGUACAUCAUGGAUGCCUCAUCACCAAUAUGUUAUGCAACCUACAGGUGCAGUGAUCACGCCAGCCAUGGACCACACUAUGUCCAUGCAGCCUGCCAGCAUGAUGGGUCCCCUCACUCAACAGAUGAACCAUCUGUCCCUAGGCACUACAGGAAGUUAUAUGACUGCCGCCGCCGCCGCCGCCGCCGCCGCAGCAGCGCCUAUGCAAGGGACCUACAUUCCCCAGUACACUCCUGUGCCUCCAACAGCCGUCCCUGUCGAAGGAGUGGUGACGGAUGCCUCCCCUCAGACUCCCUCAUCACAGGAGGUGACUGGCCAGCAGCAACAGAUUCAAGUGGACGGUGGCGCCGACCACAUUUCUGCUUACUCGUACCAGUCCAAAUAGCAACGGCCUGAGAGAAUGUUCCUGUGACAGCGUUGCCUUGAGACAUAAGGUGGCUGCACUGUGAAUGUGAGGGGGGAAUGUAGGGGAAGGAAAGAAAAAAAAGAAAAAAAAAGAGGAGAUUGCUUCCAGAUUGCCCAGGCACCAAAAAGAGACACUUUUUUUCAUUUUCUACCUGGUCAACUAGGAAAAAAAA